AUGCCCACUUUAACAGGAUCAUGUCUUUGCCGGAGUAUUGAAUACAGGCUGAGGCUCGCUUCAAUUGAUGAUGCGAGAGCAUCUCUCUGCCAUUGUCGUAACUGCAAGAAAGCGUUUGGAACUAAUUAUGGCCUGACAGCCAAGGUCCCAAAGGAUACAUUCAAUCUUACCAAAGGGUUACCAAAAGAACAUGUCGCGGAUAACGGAUCUGGGGCGGUGAUUCAUCGAGAAUUUUGUCAAAAUUGCGGAAGCUUCAUCCUGGAAUACGGAGAUGCUGCCAAAGAGCAUUUUCGCUACAUCUGUGUCGGAUCCUUGGACGACCCGGAAGCAUUACUCCCAAAGGGGGAGUUCUUCUGCAAGUCUCGGGCAAAUUGGUUGCCGGAGAUCCCGAGUAUGUUCAGCAUGCUGAUUUCCUGGGGGGGGGGGGUUUCAGAAAUCUCUGACGAACAUAAAUAG